AUGCCAGUCACCAUCAAGCCAAGUCCCCAAAGCGAGGGAUUCAACGUUGACCCAUCUGUUGACUCAACUCAAGCUCUUCUACGCGAAGCAUCCAAAGCGUGGGGAGGGCUGCGAGAACGACACUACCCGGAUCCAGAGAGUCGACCAAUCCUCAGAUCUUCUUUUGACGACCUCGCUACUAGGAAUUCGUCCGUCAUCGUUCCGUAUGGGAACGGGUUUGUCACUGGAAUCAUUCGCGCAUUCCAACAGGAUCUACAUCUUGUACUACGACCGGACGAUGCUUGGCUUUGCAUCCUCACGCAGUUCAGCAUGUACGUCAACGCCAACGCCGAAGAACUGCGGUCUCUCUUCGUAAGUCACAAGGGGAAGAAAGAGCUCGUGGUUGAUGCUCGUCCGGAGCCUGUGGCAUAUCUCGAUUGCGGCAAGAUGUCGCAGCACAUGGCGGAUCUGAUCAGCGACCAUGUUGUAGACCCAAAACUCAAGGACUGGAUUAUGCCACGGUUUACUACCACAACCCACAAUGACAAGUCUAUUGCUGCUGUGGUGAUGAUGGGUACAUUGAAACGUUACUUCGACUACGCUUUCAGGGGGGGAUGCGGUUUUCCAUCCGUCACUCUGCUGGGCGAGCCUUCUGAUUGGGAGGAAAUCCUCCGCAGAGUUGAGGAGCUUCCCAGGUACGGCAAAGAGGCGAAAGAAUGGAGCAAACUUUUGGUACCCAUCAUCAAGCGCUUCAUUGCGACGUUCUUUAUUCCAGAGUCUCAGGAGCUCAAGGACUUCUGGCUACGCGCCUGUCACUCCAUUGGCAAGGAUGGUAGUGGUGACAUUGAGACUUAUUCUGGCUGGCUCACGGCUUUCUGCUUCUGGAACGAUGACAAUGACAAAAUUAAGCGCGUGCGCAGUUUCUCCAACAGCCUGCACGGCACAGAUCGCAAGCAGCUGGUUCUGGACGGCGUUGCCUACCCCAUCAUCCGUCCAAAUGCGACUCCUGACGGUGUUGUUUUUGUUCCGGUCAAACUCCAGGAUUUUGCCAGCGGAAUUCAGUACCAGACCACGAUGAUCGCGGGCUUGGUGGGCAUGGAAGGCGUACGUACUGACGGGCGGCUUACUACAGUUCAGCCUAGCUCCGGGUGGUGGAUGCUGCAAGAUUCCAAGUCAUCGAUGUAG